AGAGGGGUGUUCACUUGGAGCUCCGUGGGCGGAACUCUUGAACAGCCUUCCCAUUUGAAGAGCGGGAGAUCCAUUCUUCCCUGUGCUUCCUUCCUGUGUGGCAUUGCAUUUGAUCGGCAUUGCUCGCCCCAACUCUGGUUCCCGAGGGACGAAUUGCGUCAUUGCAUUUGUGUUUCACCACUUUUGGAUUCUCCUUUGAGGCACGGCAAUGAGGUGGACGUAGCAUCCAUUGUUCAUGAGUUUCAUCUUCGUCGAGGAAGCUGGAAGGGUAUUCGAGAAGGGGGAAGAAGGCGAAGAAGGAGAGACAGGAUGAGAAUGGCGAGAGGAGAGAUGGAGGACAAGCUCUUGUCGAUGAGGAAGAGGACACGAAGACUUAUAGGCGUAAGAGUAUCGGUGGAAGAAAAUCAACUACGCGCGGGGGAGGAUGUGACGCUCUGUUGAAGGUUGUGGAUGAUAUGGUAGCGGCUCUUGCUCCUCUCAAGUUUCGGCUGCCAGUUGCAUUUGUAUACAAUCCACUGGAGUAUGCAAGAAAACCUCACGAAGAGUAUGUGCGAAAAUAUGGGGGUAAGAUAGUAGAGGUAUUGCUUGUGAGCAUGAACCCAGGUCCCUUUGGAAUGACUCAGACAGGAGUGCCUUUUGGAGAUAGUGUGUUUGCUCGUGAAUUUCUUCAUAUAACAAGCGAGGUUGAAUUUCCAGAAAAAAUGCAUCCAAAGCGGCCCGUUAUUGGCCUGAACUGUCCUCGUCGUGAGGUGAGUGGACAAAGGGUAUGGAGUUGGGUACAAGCUCGCUUCGGCACAGCUAGUGCAUUUUUCGAUCGCUUUUGGAUCCACAGUUAUUGUCCCCUUUUGUUUGUAGAGAGUUCUGGCAAAAACCGUACUCCAGACAAGUUGACUCCCUCUGAGAAAGCUUCAAUUACAAGUGUUUGUAAUGAAGCUCUUCGAGGUGUCAUUGCUGUGACGAAACCCCGUGUAAUUGUUGGUGUAGGAAAAUAUGCAGGUGACAGAGUAAAAGAGUGUGCUCCUCCUGGAGCUCAAGUGGGAGACAUUAUGCAUCCAAGCCCUGCCAAUCCUAAAGCGAAAAAGGAUUGGGACAAGCUCAUCGAAGGCCAACUGCGAGCUCUAGGCGUGGAUAUAUAGUCUUAUGUGGUUGUUCCGGUGGGCAAGUGUUUAUUAGGAACGUGGAUGUGGUAUCGAGUUUUGACGAGGUUCUGAAAUUCUGAAAAGCCAUUGAUCCAGGCACCUACCCGUAAAAGCUUGCAUGCGCUGCACACUCCUUACUCACGGAAACCACAAGCUGACUUGGACCUACUAAGGGUAGAGUCUCCAAUGUCUUGUUCAUUUAGAUUUACACACCAGAUGCACCGUGAAUUAUUCGCGCACUCAUUUGAUAACUGCCUAGGGCUGAUGAUGUGUCGUCGGACACAAAACUUGUAACAUUUUACAGGAAUAACUCAAAGCUGAAAAGCCUAAAGUGUUUCAAUAACUUAGGGUUACAUAGUAACUACCAAUUAUGACCGUCGAAGGAUAGUAUAUCUAACAGCCAUGACUUCUUAAGUAGGUAAUGAGUAGCUUUUUAGAGUAUGCUGCAAUCCAAAUAAGUGGAAGAUUCUGUGGUGAUGCCCUUCCUUGUCUCUCAUAUCGGGUGUCUUGGUUGCAGACAUCUUUUUCUUUAAGAUUUCAAUGCCAGAGGUUUUUACUCAAAAGACCUCUGAAUUAGCAGCCAGAGUCGUUUGACAGGGAUGAACUUUGUCACUAACUUUCACAGAUACCAUUGGCUUCAGCCUUGGUUUAUUUAUGGGGACAAAUCUGAUGCAAAAUUUCAAUUUGUAUUUUUA